AUGGGCUGCCCGCUGCCAAGCGAUGGCUGUCAGGCGGGCCUAGCAGUGGCUAGCCGAAUCUGGCCCGCGUCGCGGGGCUGGCCGAUGGCAGGCGCUGCCUGGCCGCUGUCAGCCGUGGCUGGCCGCCGUCGUGUGGUUGGCCGACUCUGCCCCGCGUCGCGUCCCUGGCCUCGAUUGGAUGUGGGUGGCCGGGGUUGGCUGCCGGUGCCAUCGGUGGCUACGUUUGGCCGCGGGUGGCCACGUGACAGUGCCGGGUCAUCAAAGCAUAUAUUUCGACGUGGUGGACGUAGACGGCGGCCACAGGACCAGACAAAUCCAUCACCUGCCAGUGAACCUAUGCCACCCCCUAAUCAGGUAGGACCAUCCCAUGUGUCUUCUCCACCGACAUCAUAUUCCCCUGCCAGUGUACCUAUGCCACCCCUUCAUCGGCCGGGCCCAUCUCAUGUACCUUCUACAUCGGUUUCAUAUUCGCCGCCGCAAGUACCAUACCCAGAGCAGUUACCUGUCCACUCAGAUCCUCCUGACUCAGCAAGAAACUCAUUUGCUGAGUUUAGGAAUGAUAGAGCUCCUUUAGUCCCCAUCGAGGACUCGUAA